GCAGAACCUUCACCCACAACGCACGCACAAACGCCGAGCGCGAGUUAAGCAAGCUCGCCGGCGACGAAGACGACCAUGGCAGUGUACAUCCGCCUCGACGACGCCGUGCGCGCGCGCCUCCGCGGGGACGGGGGCUGCACCAGCAGCGGCAGCGACCACGACGCAUCCGCAUGCCUCUCCGACCUCGUCCAGGCCUUUCUUGAGACCGACGCUGCUGCCGGCGGUGCCGGGGAGGAUGGCGCCGGGCCGGCGCCCAAGGGACGCGACUCGGACGACGACGAGGACGACGGAGCGGAGACGGCCGCGUCCGUGCGGGAGCUGUUCGACCCACCGGCCGCGGAGGACCCGUUCCGGAUCAGGCUGGCGGCCGCCGUGGCCGCCGCGCUGGACGCGGAGGCGCCGCUGCGGGCGCACGGGGCCGCGUUCCGGCGCGCGGUGAUGCGGCGGCUGCGCGCCGCCGGGUACGACGCCGGCGUGUGCAGGUCGCGCUGGGAGGCGUCCGGCGGCCUCACGGCCGGGACGUACGAGUACCUCGACGUGGUCGUGCCGGCCGCAAAGGGCACCAAGAAAACCGCCACCAGGUACAUUGUGGACGCGGACUUCCGGGCCGGGCUGGAGGUAGCGCGCGCGACGGCGGAGUACGCGGUGGUCGUGGCGGCCGUUCCCGCGACGGCGGUUGUCGCAAGGGAGGAGGCCGUGGGCCGCGCCGUGCGCCUGGCCUCCGACGCGGCGCGCCGGUCGCUCCGCGCGCACGGCCUGCACGUGCCGCCGUGGCGCAAGACGCGGUACAUGCUCGCCAAGUGGCUCGGGCCCUACAAGCGCUCGCCGUCGUCUGCCUCCUCGCAGGCGUCCGGGGCAAUGCCGACGCCCGGCGCCACCGGGAUGGACAUCAAGUGCCGCGCCGUCGGUUUCUUCCCGUCGACUUCGGCCGCGCCGGCGGCCAGGAUCAAGUAGCACCCCCACGGCGCCGUUGCCUGGCCGGAAUGACCAUCGUUAAUUAAUUAAUUAAUGUAGAGAGAAGCUGGAUCAGCUCGAGCUGGUCUCCAAUUCGGUUUUCUUUUGUACAUAAUUUUUUGGCCGAGAUUAUGAAAAGAGCAAACUGUUCUUGCAA